AUGUCAGGAGGUUUACCUAAACGUAUUCUCAAAGAAACAGAACGGCUUAUGGCUGAUUCACCACCUGGUAUAUCCGCUGCACCCAAAGACGAUAAUUUGAGGCAUUUCGACGUUACAGUUGCUGGACCAGAAUCAUCUCCAUACGAGGGCGGCGUGUUCAAACUCGAGUUGUUUUUACCAGAGGAAUAUCCUAUGAACCCACCAAAAGUUCGGUUCUUGACCAAAAUCUACCAUCCCAAUAUCGAUAAACUAGGUCGUAUUUGCCUUGAUAUCCUAAAAGACAAAUGGUCGCCUGCUCUCCAAAUUCGAACCGUUCUUCUAUCUAUCCAGGCCUUACUUGGAGCUCCUAAUCCUGACGAUCCUCUCGCUAACGACGUAGCCCAACAUUGGAAAGAAGAUCAAAAUGGAGCUAUCGAGCAAGCACGAGAAUGGACAAGGCAAUAUGCCAACUAA